AUGUCUGAGCCACCUCUCCUCCCUCCGUUGGAACAGAUCACGCCAAACAAUCAUGGCGCAACGGUAUCAAUCGUCGCGUUUGUGCUUCUCUCCCCAACUAUACUCACUGUUCUAGCCAAGGUUGCGACGAUGGUAUACUUGAAGCGGUGCUUGCUCUCCGUUGACCUUCCGAUUUGGGCUUGCACAAUAACUGCGUUGAUCCAGAGCAUUCUCAUCCAGCAUGCGGUCGACAACGGCAUGGGGAGGCACCGCGGUGACCUAUCCAGUAGUGCAUUCGAUGCCUACAACAAGUUCAACUACGCUGCUCAGCUGCUCUUCAUCCUCGUGCUCUUCCUCUCCAAACUCUCGACCACCAACCUGAUCGGCGCGAUCAGCCCGAACGAGACUAUCCAGAGAUGGUGCAUGACCACGCACGUCUGCAUGGGCGCUUGGGCAGUACUCGCUGUAUUUGCACUUGCAUUUCAAUGCCAACCCCCAUACUGGGAGUACUCGCCGACUCGUUGCGUAGCAGAGGGUGCUAUCGUCUUUCCCAUUAUGAUCAUCAACAUGAUACUCGACGCGAGCCUCGUGGCGACAUCGACCCUCAUGCUGUGGCAUGUCCAGAUGCCUCGUGUCCAGCGACUGAAGGUUUCUGCGGCAUUUGCGUCGCGCGCAGUAGUAAUUGUACUCGGUGUUAUUCAAUUACUAUACUUGCCCAAGUACCUGCGUUCAGAUGAUCCUACCUUUUUCCCUAACUCAAAGACCCUUAGAGCAAUCAUGAAUUGCAGUAUCAUCACCGCCUGCAUUCCCAGUCUAUACCGAUUUAUCAACAGUCUGGCCCUGGGCACGAACACUGUCUAUGUUGGCGGGACAGAGCUAAGCAGCGGAGCGGGAUUCCAUCGGCCAAAAGCAAGUGCGUCUGGCUCUGGGCGGGUCCGACGAGCAUCCUCGACGCGCCUUGGUUCCUCCAGGGAAAGCAGCAUCUUCACACGAGUUACGACAGUAGGUAACCACGAAGGGUGCGAGACGGAGAGUAUGAGACAUCUGCGAGACGAGGCUGAAUAG